AUGCAGCGCGACGACCGUGUUCCCCUCAAAGAGGUAUAUGAAACUCCGGAAGCUCUUCGCGAAAAGGUGGAGCGGAUCAUCGACCUAGCACUUUACGAAGUAUCCUACGACUCACCACUCAGACUUCGGUUCAUUACACCCGUGUCUCGCGACCAAUGGCUUGGGGAUGAAAACUACAACGACUACCGGCUUACCACUCCGGAAGAGCACCAGGAUGAUAUGGACUUUGUCACCGUGUCUUACUGCUGGAAGCAUACCCAAUCUACAAAGGGUCUGUCUCGAAUACCACAAUAUUGUAUAUCGAAAUCCUCAGAAGAUACGAUGUGCGAACCCAGACCUAUCAGCUGUCCAGAACUUGUCUUCCAUCGUGCUAUGCUAUUCGCACGAUCUCGUAAAUGCCAGUUCCUCUGGAUCGAUCAGGAGUGUAUCGAUCAGAGCAGUUCUGCCGAUAUUCAGUCACACCUGAAGAUUAUGCAUCGCAUCUACGAAGAGAGCAAAUGGACAGUCGCAAUCCUGUCAGUCACGAUAACCGAUCAUUCUCUCGUUGAAUGUUUCGUAACUUAUAUCUAUUUCGAAGAGGCAGAAAGAGAGACGGAAAGGAAUCUUGCUAAGAUAUCAAGAGAAACAAGCGAUCAUACCAGUGCUUUCGACCAGCGUGUUCAAGGAGCCACCACUCUACUACACUAUAUCACACAAGAUAUGUGGUUCAGUCGAACAUGGGCAUAUCAAGAGAAACGGUGCGCCUCGACCUUGUUUCUUCUGGUCCCGAUCGAGGAAUCUACCAAGCUAUCGCAACAAUUGCGCCUUCAUACGAUAGGUACCGAUUUAUGUUUUGAAGUGGCACACUUCAACCGCUUGACGAAAACGCAUCGUGAGGAUAAUCAUUACCAGGGUUACGAUUUCUACCAACUCACAGACGACAUACACAGGAACUACACUACCUCUUGGGACCGUGCCACGUCCCAGUACGGCUGUUACCCCAUAUUCAGGGCAAUUCAAGACUGCGAAAACCUGGUUGUCGCAGAUCGCAUUGCUAUCUUCGGUCACGUAUGCGGAUUUCUAUAUCAGCUUGAGUCGAACAUACUUCACAGCGCCAGAUUCAGAUUCAGCGCAUGUGUCAUCGCUUUACUCCUUGCAAAUGUUUAUGUUGACCGUGGUAAACGUUUCGAAUUACUGAAGUGGAUAUGGCAAACUCUCGAAGAGCACAGCAAAGUUCAAACGGCUGAACCCGAUCUUGGGGCUUGGAUAUUGGUUCUGCUCGAUAGCAGCUACCGCCUUCCCAAAGACCAUGCCCCGGAAGUCCGCGCCAUAGCGUCCACUAACCAUCUUGGAAGAAGGCGUACGAUGUAA